AUGCACUUGAACUACAACAACCAUCUUCACUCUACACUCCUCAACCAUCCACUGACUACAGCCAUGGACAAUAAAACAAUAAAAACCCGCCUCCUCUUGAUAUCAGACACCCACAACACACCCCCUCACCCCCCUCCCUCCCCGCACCCCUACCGGCACCCUCUCCCAGAAGCGCACAUCCUCAUCCACUCUGGCGACCUCACAACAAUCGGCAGCUACAAAGAACACGCAACCACCCUAGCAACCCUCAAGUCCCACCCCGCAGAACUCAAACUCAUCAUCGCCGGCAACCACGACAUCACCCUCGACGAGGCCUACUACGCCGCCCUCCCUCCAAGCAGUUUCAAAACCCGGGCCGGACGAGAGGACCCCGCAGCCAUAAAACAGCUCUAUUGCGGUCCUGAAGCGUACGACGCAGGGAUACGCUACUUAACCGAGGGAGUGCACUGUUUUAGCCUGAGUACAGGGGCGAAGUUGAGGGUGUUUGCGUCGCCGUAUACGCCUGCGUUUUGCGGGUGGGCGUUUGCGUAUCCCCGGGGCAGGGAUAGAUUUAAUCCCCUUCCGGAGGAGACAGCAGCUUCAGCUUCAGCUUCUGGUUCUGGUUCUGGUUCUGCGGGCGCGGAUGCGGCGGGUGGUGUGGUGCCCGACUUCCCUUCUGUGGAUAUCAUGAUCACGCAUGGUCCGCCGGCGGGAGUGCUUGAUACGGUCGUUAACGGCGGGAGUGUAGGCUGCGAGGGGUUGUUUGCUGCUGUGAAGCGGGCGAGGCCGCGGGUGCAUGUCUUUGGGCAUAUCCAUGAGGGGUAUGGUGCGCUGCGAGGUGAGUGGGGGGCGGAUAUGACGCUGGGAGGGACGAAGGUGGUGUGCGAUCCAGACAAGGUGCGCGAGGAGCGGGGGGCGUAUGUGGAUGUUAGCGCUGACUCCGGGCGUCCGCUGCGGUUUGGGGAGGAAACGCUGUUUGUGAAUGCCAGUGUGCUGGAUGAGCGGUAUAGGGCAGUGAAUGCGCCGUGGGUGGUGGAUUUGGAUUUACCGGUUGCUUCCUGA